AGGGGAAAAGAACGACAGGGGAGUAAAAAGGUAAAUAACGCAGCCCAUUCUGACUGGCAGGGCCGGAGCUGCGUCCCGAGGUGGAGGCCGAGCGGUAGCCCCUUCACUACCAGCACAAGGCUAGGGAUACCGAAGCCGGGAUGACGCGUAGGCGCUUGGCUAACAGGCAGCGAGAGAAGUAUGAGCCAGAGCAGGGACUUUGGGCUUGAAUCUUUUUGUGAUGGGAAGGGAGUCGGAAGAGACCGAGAAGACAUGGAGGACUGUGGGCCUGGCCCUUGCCCUCCCGGUAGAGGGAGUCCCGCGUAGACGGUCCAGCUUCCCUCGAAUGAAAAGAGUUUGCAUGCCCGCUUUACCGGUUUUGCACGUCCUAGGGCUAAGAGCUGAGUGAUUAGCAGGGAGCGACAACUGCCUGUGCACCAAGGGCUCCGGCGCCGGGCUCGAAGCCCGAGCGGCCGAAUUCUCGCGAGAGCGGCCGCCGCCAUUUUUCCAUUGAUUGCGGUGAGCUGGGGGAGGGGCCGACGACGAAGGCGGCGGCGGCGGCAGCGGAGCCCUGGGUUGGUGUCUGCGCGCUGGUGUCUGAGGCCCAGGCUGAGGCCUCCGCGGUUGCCGGAGCGCAGGCGGCGGGGACGAUGACUGCCGCUGCCUUUCUCUCCUGAGGCAGAGAGCCGCCGCCACCCUCCACCCUCCCCUGGCAGGGCGGAGAGGAGCGGCCGGAGUCUGAGCGAUGGUGCCCGGCGAGGAGAACCAACUGGUCCCGAAAGAGAUAGAAAAUGCUGCUGAAGAACCUAGAGUCUUAUGUAUAAUACAAGAUACUACUAAUUCAAAGACAGUGAAUGAACGGAUCACUUUAAAUUUACCAGCAUCUACUCCAGUCAGAAAACUCUUUGAAGAUGUGGCCAACAAAGUAGGCUACAUAAAUGGAACCUUUGAUUUGGUGUGGGGAAAUGGAAUCAAUACUGCUGAUAUGGCCCCACUGGAUCAUACCAGUGACAAGUCUCUUCUUGAUGCUAAUUUUGAGUCAGGAAAGAAGAACUUUCUUCAUUUAACAGACAAAGAUGGUGAACAACCUCAAAUACUACUGGAGGAUUCCAGUGCCGUGGAUGACAGUGUUCAUGACAGGUUUAUAGGCCCACUUCCAAGAGAAGGUUCUGUGGGCUCUACCAGUGACUAUGUCAGCCAAAGUUACUCCUAUUCAUCCAUUUUGAGUAAAUCAGAAACUGGAUAUGUGGGAUUAGUAAACCAGGCAAUGACUUGCUAUUUGAAUAGCCUUUUGCAAACACUUUUUAUGACUCCUGAAUUUAGGAACGCAUUAUAUAAGUGGGAAUUUGAAGAAGCUGAAGAAGAUCCGGUGACAAGUAUCCCAUACCAACUUCAAAGACUUUUUGUUUUGUUACAAACCAGCAAAAAGAGAGCAAUUGAAACCACAGAUGUUACAAGGAGCUUUGGAUGGGAUAGUAGUGAGGCUUGGCAGCAGCAUGAUGUACAAGAACUGUGCAGAGUCAUGUUUGAUGCUUUGGAACAGAAAUGGAAGCAAACAGAACAGGCUGAUCUCAUAAAUGAACUGUAUCAAGGCAAGCUGAAGGACUACGUGAGAUGUCUGGAAUGUGGCUAUGAGGGUUGGAGAAUCGACACAUAUCUUGAUAUUCCAUUGGUCAUCCGACCGUAUGGGUCCAGCCAAGCAUUUGCUAGUGUGGAGGAAGCAUUGCACGCAUUUAUUCAACCGGAGAUCCUAGAUGGUCCCAAUCAGUAUUUUUGCGAACGGUGUAAGAAGAAGUGUGAUGCACGAAAGGGCCUUCGGUUUUUGCAUUUCCCUUAUCUGCUGACCUUACAGUUAAAAAGGUUUGAUUUUGAUUAUACAACCAUGCAUAGGAUUAAAUUGAAUGAUCGAAUGACAUUUCCUGAGGAACUAGAUAUGAGUACAUUUAUUGAUGUUGAAGAUGAGAAAUCUCCUCAGACUGAAAGUUGCACUGACAGUGGAGCAGAAAAUGAAGGUAGUUGUCACAGUGAUCAGAUGAGCAAUGAUUUCUCCAAUGAUGACGGUGUUGAUGAAGGAAUCUGCCUUGAAAGCAAUAGUGGAACAGAAAAGAUUUCAAAACCUGGACUUGAAAAGAAUUCCUUGAUUUAUGAGCUCUUCUCUGUUAUGGUUCAUUCGGGGAGUGCUGCUGGUGGUCAUUACUAUGCAUGCAUAAAGUCAUUCAGUGACGAGCAGUGGUACAGCUUCAAUGAUCAACAUGUCAGCAGGAUAACACAAGAGGACAUUAAGAAAACACAUGGUGGAUCUUCAGGAAGCAGAGGUUAUUAUUCCAGUGCUUUUGCAAGCUCCACAAAUGCAUAUAUGCUGAUAUAUAGACUGAAGGAUCCAGCAAGAAAUGCAAAAUUUCUAGAAGUGGAUGAAUACCCAGAACAUAUUAAAAAUUUGGUACAGAAAGAGAGAGAAUUGGAAGAACAAGAAAAGAGGCAACGAGAAAUUGAGCGCAAUACGUGCAAGAUAAAAUUAUUCUGUUUGCAUCCUGUGAAACAAGUAAUGAUGGAAAAUAAAUUGGAGGUUCAUAAGGAUAAAACAUUGAAGGAAGCAGUAGAAAUGGCUUAUAAGAUGAUGGAUUUAGAAGAGAUAAUACCCCUGGAUUGUUGUCGCCUUGUUAAAUAUGAUGAGUUUCAUGAUUAUCUGGAACAAUCAUAUGAAGGAGAAGAAGAGACACCAAUGGGCCUUCUACUAGGUGGAGUCAAGUCAACAUACAUGUUUGAUCUGCUGUUGGAGACAAGAAAGCCUGAUCAGGUUUUCCAGUCUUAUAAACCUGGAGAAGUGAUGGUGAAAGUUCAUGUUGUUGAUCUAAAGGCAGAGUCUGUAGCUGCUCCUAUAACUGUUCGUGCUUACUUAAAUCAGACAGUUACAGAGUUCAAGCAACUGAUUGCAAAGGCUAUCCAUUUACCUGCUGAAACAAUGAGAAUAGUGCUGGAACGCUGCUAUAAUGAUUUGCGUCUUCUCAGUGUGCCCACUAAAACCCUAAAAGCCGAAGGAUUUUUUAGAAGUAAUAAGGUGUUUGUUGAAAGUUCUGAGACAUUGGAUUAUCAGAUGGCCUUCACAGACUCUCAUUUAUGGAAGCUUCUGGAUCGGCAUGCAAAUACAAUCAGAUUAUUUGUUUUGCUACCUGAACAAUCUCCAGGAUCUUAUUCCAAAAGGACAACAUACCAGAAAGCUGGAGGUGAUUCUGGUAAUGUAGAUGAUGAUUGUGAAAGAGUCAAAGGACCUGUUGGGAGCCUAAAGUCUGUGGAAGCUAUUCUAGAAGAAAGCACUGAAAAACUCAAAAGCUUGUCACUGCAACAACAACAGGAUGGCGAUAAUGGGGACAGCAGCAAAAGUACUGAGACAAGUGACUUUGAAAAUAUCGAAUCACCUCUCAAUGAGAGGGACUCUUCAGCAUCCGUGGAUAAUAGAGAACUUGAACAGCAUAUUCAGACUUCUGAUCCAGAAAAUUUUCAGUCUGAAGAACGAUCAGACUCUGAUGUGAAUAACGACAGGAGUACGAGUUCAGUGGACAGUGAUAUUCUCAGCUCCAGUCAUAGCAGUGAUACUUUGUGCAAUGCAGACAGUGCUCAGAUCCCUUUGGCUAAUGGACUUGACUCUCACAGUAUCACAAGUAGUAGAAGAACUAAAGCAAAUGAAGGGAAAAAAGAGACAUGGGAUACCGCAGAAGAAGACUCUGGAACUGAUAGUGAAUAUGAUGAGAGUGGCAAGAGUAGGGGAGAAAUGCAGUACAUGUAUUUCAAAGCAGAACCCUAUGCUGCAGAUGAAGGUUCUGGGGAAGGACAUAAAUGGUUGAUGGUGCAUGUUGAUAAAAGAAUUACCCUGGCAGCUUUCAAACAACAUUUAGAGCCCUUUGUUGGAGUUUUGUCCUCUCACUUCAAGGUGUUUCGAGUGUAUGCCAGCAAUCAAGAGUUUGAGAGCGUCCGACUGAAUGAGACACUUUCAUCAUUCUCUGAUGACAAUAAGAUUACAAUUAGAUUGGGGAGAGCACUUAAAAAAGGAGAAUACAGAGUUAAAGUGUACCAGCUUUUAGUCAAUGAACAAGAGCCAUGCAAGUUUCUGCUAGAUGCUGUGUUUGCUAAAGGAAUGACUGUACGGCAGUCAAAAGAGGAAUUAAUUCCUCAACUCAGGGAGCAGUGUGGCUUAGAACUCAGUAUCGACAGGUUUCGUCUAAGGAAAAAAACAUGGAAGAACCCUGGCACUGUCUUUUUGGAUUAUCAUAUUUAUGAAGAAGAUAUUAAUAUUUCCAGCAACUGGGAAGUUUUCCUUGAAGUUCUUGAUGGUGUAGAAAAGAUGAAGUCCAUGUCACAGCUUGCAGUUUUGUCAAGACGGUGGAGGCCUUCAGAGAUGAAGUUGGAUCCCUUCCAGGAGGUUGUGUUGGAAAGCAGUAGUGUUGAUGAGUUGCGAGAGAGGCUUGGUGAAAUCAGUGGGAUUCCUUUAGAAGAUAUUGAAUUUGCUAAGGGCCGAGGAACUUUUCCCUGUGAUAUUUCUGUCCUUGAUAUUCAUCAGGAUUUAGACUGGAAUCCUAAAGUUUCUACACUGAAUGUCUGGCCUCUUUAUAUCUGCGAUGAUGGUGCAGUCAUAUUUUAUAGGGAUAAAACAGAAGAAUUAAUGGAGUUGACAGAUGAGCAAAGAAAUGAACUGAUGAAAAAGGAAAGUAGUCGACUCCAGAAGACUGGACAUCGUGUAACAUACUCACCUCGUAAAGAGAAAGCACUAAAAAUAUAUCUGGAUGGAGCACCAAAUAAAGAUCUGACUCAAGACUGACUCUGCUAGUGUAGCAUUUUCCCUGGGGGAGUUUUGGGUUUAAUUAGAUGGUUCACUACUAUCAGGUAGUGCCAUUAUGGCGGGACAUGGUUGGGGUAACCCAGUGACACCAGCACUGAUUGGACAACCCUUCACCAAUCAGAAGCUCAGUGCCCAAUGGGCCACUGUUUUGACUUGGAAUCAUGUUGUGCACUAUAGUCAAAUGUACUGUAAAGUGAAAAGGGACGUGCAAAAAAAUUAAAAAAAAAAAAAAAAAAAAGCAAAACCUGCUAUUAGAAAAGGGGACAGGGGAAUGAGUAAACUUCUUUUAUUGUGGACAAAUGUGCACAUAGCCGCUAGUAAAACUAGCUUUCAAACAGGAUGCUCAUAGCUUAAUAAUAAAAGCUGUGCAAAGGCCAUGAAUGAAUGAAUUUUCUGUUUAUUUCACUGAUACACACAUUACCUCAUUGACAAUUCAGAAGUAAAUGCAACGUGUGUUGACUCUUGGAAAGCAGCAAAAAUAGGAGCUGAAGAAAGAAAUUCUUAGAACCAGCCGUAACCCAGUAAAGAAUUGUGAAGUUUGUUUUUGUUUUGUUUCAUUUAUUGCAGAGUAUUAAGACCAUUCUUCUUCAAAACGUUUCCCUUAGACCGCUUCCAGCAGGUGGCAGCUCAGAUUGCUGCAGGAUUGUAAUUAUAACUGAUUGUACGUAAGUUACGGAUGUAGAGAAUGUGUUCCACUCGUUUAUUUAGCAUGUAAAUAAAAUGGAUCCUGUUGAGUUAUCCUAAUUGGAGUUCAACUACUUCCCGUGGUUAUUCUUUCCCAUAUUCAUUAUGUACAUUUGUGUACAUUGAGAAGUGUAACAAUCUAUGUAAAUGUAAUCCUCAGUGAGGUUCCUCAGUGCUGGGUCCCAUAGGAUUGUAUUUGCUCUUGUUAAUGAGGUUUUUCUGUUCGGUGGCUUCAGUUUUUUUGCUCUUUGUACAUUUAUUUUUGAAGGUUUACUUCAAGUUUGAAUCUUCUAGAAUGCUUGUAAGUCCAGUUUUUAAUUUUUAAAGUCAAUUCGUAGUUACAUGUAGUUUACCUUUGGGGAAACGUCUUAACAUCUUAUUGAAUACACUUGCCAGUAAGGUCAGGUCCUGGUACAGACUGAUGCCCGUCAACAUGAUUUCACUGCAGAGUCUAUUAGAAUCAGGAAGUGUUUGCUUUGCUAAAUAAAAGUACUCAAUGAACACAAGUCUACAUAAAUUUUGAAAUACCAUCUAAUUUAUAAAAAUCAAUAAAAAGGUUUUGGUAAAACAAACUUUUUCAUGCCAGAUGCUGUUUACAACAAUGAACAUGCCAAUAAAACAUUUGUUCAUUC